GUAAAUUGAAACAUUGGAACGUAAAGAAAGCGGCUAUUAAGUGUUAGAAAAGCGUUAACAAAAAAUCAUCAAACUCUUCUGUAUUAUAAAAUAAUAUAUUAGAAAACUUUAAAAAUUGUUAUAAGCUGAACAUGAGGUAGAAAGGAAUCGCAGUACAAAGCACAAAAUAAAAUAUCGUGGCUCUAAAACGACGCUUAAGGCAGCUUAUGACAUGACUGUCGCGAUGCACAACGUUGUCUUCUUUCGUCCUCGCUUAACUAACUUAAUAAGCUAAUGAUGCACCGAAUAAUGUCUCUGUUGAAUCUACUUUGAUUCCUCAUGCCGAAUACGGCGUCAGAGACGAGAUUUAUUUGUCACUCGUACUGUUGAAGAGCGUUGAAAUCACGAAGCGCGUCUGACCACGUUCAAUUUUUUCUACUAAUCCUCGAUGAAUAGCAGUUUUUUUCAUUCCGCUCGCGCGCGUUUAAGAAACGUAAACAUUCGGGGCCAGUUCGGGGAACAAUAGAAACAGUCAAGGAAUGCGAGAUGCAUUUACGUACUCGUAUCGUCUUUGCUAUUGUUGAUAUUGUCUUUUGUUUAAUCUCUUGGCGCCUAUUUUGAUCCUAUUUGCUUGUUUAUCUCUUCUUAUCUUUAUACAUCGUUGCGAAUUCAAAAUAAGUGCGCAUCAAAAUGUUAUCAGAUAUUAUUCUCGAAGCGAUCUCGCAAAAGUCAUUUUUUCUUUAUUCUAUCCCGUUAUUCUGUUGCAUUAUCAUAUCAUAAUUAUUUGUAACGGAGCAGAUACCGGCGCGUAAAGACAGCUGUCAGUAUUCCGUCAAUUCCGCGAGUAUCCCAAGUUUCGAUUAACGUCGCAUGUGUUCCGCAUACUUGAAGAAUCUUUAGACGACGCAAUAAAGAUCGCCUCGCAUAUAAAUAAAACGCAUACAUACACGCACUCACGCACGCACACCAUGCAAUCGCGUGAAGAAGCUGUUUUCGCGAAAUGAGAGAUCGUAAUUCAAAUUUCAUUUUGUACAGGGGCAUCCGAGAACGGAAGAUAAACAAGUCAAUUUACCGAACUACGCAGCGCGUUUAUCGCCGUUCCUUUUUGUUAAUUACACGCGUUAAUAGCGCGCGCACCGUUAUCGAAUACCAAUGAGCCAUCUAGCCAUAAAUCGUUGUCGUUCAAAUCGGAAAAUCGUUUAGCUUGCACGUAUAAAUAUCCGCACGUUGUUUACAUAGCGUUAUAUAAACGACCAAGUCUUCGAUCGAUCUGCGUUAUCACAUAUGUACGCAUAUAUUUGCUACUAAUAACGGAGCGUUAUUAAGUGCUUACUGUGCGUAACAAAGAAAAGAACAACUCUAACAUUUUUUUUUAUAAAAAUUGCGAUACUCAUUAAUCGUUGACAUAUAUUUAUGCAAAGAAUAUAAAAUAUGCAUAAAAUGUGUAUGAAUGCAAAUAUAUAUAUAACAAAAAUAUUGUAAUAUUUGUAGAAAAAUAUUUACAUUAAGAGCCAAUUUUAUUAAUUGUUUUAUUAAAUGUAGACGAUAUCAUAUUAAUUAAUUCUUAUAAAGAUAAAAAAUAACGCUUCCCAGAGCGAUCUUCCAAAUUUUACUUUUAUUGGCGCCUCAAGGUAAGCUUUGCAAUAUAACUUUUGUUAUAAUAGAAAUAGAAUGCGCCGUUAUCGCCAAGUAUCACAAUGUACAUACACAUAAUGCGCGACGAGCGCCACACGGCUUUGAAUUACUUAUCAAUGAGCUACGUGUUUGUCUUCCGCAGUCGAAGUCAACGUAUUAAUGCACUGCGUAUAAGACGCUGUUUUCAGUGUCGCGAUUUCAGUUGUAACUAACAGUCACUCGAGGGUAUUUCACGUGUUCGGUCAGGCAGAGUUUCGGGAGUGAAGUUACUGUUACGUGGGCGGACGCACGUUGCAUUUGAUUGCCUCGAUUGCAAACGUGUUUUUGUCGCUGCUUAUUGUUUCAGCGCAUCUUAUCUGCGGCAAGGUCGAGGACGCCGUGUUACAAUCCGGUUGUCGGAUGUGGUGCAUGCAAUUGGCGACUGCAGAAACGACAGCGGUAGCGUCAUCAGCACCGGAGAUAGCGGUCCGGAACACGUGCGAUCUGGCAGGUGAAAAGGUAUAUUGCAUGAGAAGGGGAGACUGCCGGUGAUGGACAAUGAGCAACCGCACCAGGAACUGGUCAAGUGCGUGGUCGUGGGUGACACGGCAGUCGGAAAGACCAGACUGAUCUGCGCCAGGGCCUGCAACAAGCACGUGUCAUUGUCGCAGCUCCUGACUACUCACGUGCCCACGGUCUGGGCUAUCGACCAGUAUCGGAUCUACAAGGAUGUGUUGGAGCGAUCUUGGGAGGUAGUAGACAACGUAAACGUGUCGCUACGUCUCUGGGACACAUUUGGUGAUCACGAGAAGGAUCGACGUUUCGCAUACGGCAGAUCUGACGUCGUGUUACUAUGUUUCUCCAUAACCAACCCCGUUUCCUUGCGAAACUGCAAGGUGAUGUGGUACCCCGAGAUAAGAAGGUUCUGCCCGCAAACUCCGGUCCUAUUGGUCGGAUGCAAAAACGAUCUGCGGUACAUGUAUCGGGACGAGACUUAUCUCAGUUACUUCCGCGAUCGCAGUCCUUUUGUAAGGGCUACAAGAAAGAGCGAUUUGGUGAUGCCAGAUCAGGCACGGGCGGUAGCGCGAGAACUCGGUGUCUGCUAUUACGAGACAAGCGUCUUCACUUAUUACGGCGUGAACGAGGUAUUCGAAAAUUCAAUACGCGCCGCUUUGAUCGCACGUCGUCAGCAGCGUUUCUGGAUGACGAACCUGAAGAGGGUGCAAAGACCUUUGUUACAGGCACCAUUCUGUCCGCCAAAACCAGUACCGCCAGAGGUAUGCCUAGCUGCGAGUACAUAUGAGGAAAACAUGAAAAGCCUGUGGACAAGACCAGUUCAUACGGACGUGACUCUGAUAGCUGGCAACUGCACGUUCUUGGCUCAUCGGUGCUUGCUCGCCGCGGCGUCGCCGGCGUUUCAUCGGUUAUUCUCGAUGGAACUCUCCCACGAAUUGACACCGCGCAGCUCCAGCGAGUCCAGCAUGGUGAGCACUUUUGGCGAGGCUACCGUCGGUGACUUCAACGACGAUACCGAGUGCCUAAUUCGUAUCGAUCAAAGCAAACCCGCAAAAGUUUGGGAACAGCUUAAGCGACGAUCGAGUUUUCAAGUACUGCCGACGGUGGAUAAUCAGAGGAAGACUAACGGUGCGACGAGAGAACUGAAUCAUCCUGCCUUCCAAAAUAUUCGUAUAUGUCUGACUGAAAACGCGAAUGGAGUGCAGCAGCCCAUGACUGUGGUUACGCUGUCGAAGCUGAUCACGCCACAGGCGAUGCAGCAGUGCUUGCAAUUCAUUUACACGGGCAGCUUGGAUAAACGGUAUCACGAUCUACAAACAGCUCCUAUCGGGCUUCUACUGGAGAUCAGACAGGCGGCCGAGUUUCUCGAGCUACCGCAGUUACUCAUGGUGCUCGGCAGCAUACAGACGCGGGAGCAGUUUGUCAAUAACGAUCUCAAUAAUCGGUACAAGCAAGUGGUUAGACAACGACUGGAGGACAUUUGCCUAGAGCAAGGUCUUUUCGCCGAUGUGAUGUUCGAGUUGGACGAUGGCAGCGUACCGGCUCACAAAGCGAUUCUCACUGCCCGAUGCGACGUGAUGAAAGCCAUGUUCUCUGGCGAUUUUCGCGAAAGUAGUGCAAAAGUCAUAGUCUUUCCUGGAGUACGGGAGUACACAUUCCACAAGUUGCUGUGCUACCUUUAUACGGACGAAGUGCCAGCAAUCUCCUCGGCAAGAUGCCUGAACCUAUUGGAACUAGCCAACAGACUCUGCCUUCAACGAUUGGUGAAUCUAGUCGAGAGCAGGGUGAUCGAGGAUCUUGAUCGCCUUUCGCAAAACGAGGGGAACGACGCCGUCGAAAACUGUCUGAGGUUGCUGGAACCGUGCAAGCUGCAUAAUGCCGAUCAGCUGGCCGACUGGUGCAUGAAUCAUCUCUGCGUUAACUAUAAUAAGCUGUGCAAAAUGUCGCCUCGCAGCGUGCGGUUGCUUCAUCCUGAGAACCAAGAGUAUCUGAACGAGCACCGAUGGCCGCCGGUUUGGUACUUGAAGGAUUACGAUUAUUAUCAGAAGUGUCUGGCGGAGCAGGAUCGCGAGAACAAGCCGACGUUGAAACGGAAUCGUAACCAGUCCGGCUGUCUGUGUUUCUCGGGCUCGAGCAAGACCAGACGGGAAGGUAGCACCGGAAACGGAGGUGGCGGCGGCACAACGUCGACGACGUCGAACGAGACGCCGGCAGAUCGGCCGCUCUUCGACGCCUCUACCGAAUCCGGCGAACAGGCCGUAUGACAGGAGCCAAGCGGCCUCAGCCGCUCAGUCAGAUUCAUCUUGGUCCUACCUGUGCUCAUGGUCUUCAUAUGCACUAUUUUUACCAUUUUGAUACUGCUACAGAUUUAUACUUAAGCCGCGCAGGACGAAGCUAUG